CCGUGGCAGUUCGUAGUCAUGUAACCAGUAACCGGUUUCGGAGUUUUAACGCCUGAGCCGAGUCAACUCCCCUCCAGCAGUCGUUUUAUAACUCUGUCUCGUUCGUACACAGGAACCCAACUUGACACGUAUAAUAGCAUCUAGAUGAAAUAAAUAUGGCUCACGAACGUUUUGGACAUAUCCACAUAUUUCUUUCCGUCUUGUUGGGACUCGUUACUAAAGGUGACACAGCCGAUCUUUGUCCGUACGACAGUUCUGAUGAAUAUUUCGGAAGGAACACUAAGUUUCGCUUCUGCAGUGGUGGUUGUUGUGGAAAGGCCAGCCAUGAUGUUUGCUGCAACGAUGUCAGGACAGAGAUCAUCGUCGGCUGCGUGGUUGGCGGCAUUGUGGUGCUAACGUUCGUCGUGAUUGCUGCGUGUUGCUACUACGCACGGUUUGCACGACCACGUCGUAUAGCACGGAUUAGAAGAGCAACAAUCAUGGUACCGUCAACAGUUUACCACACAAGAGCACAACAUGAAAUAAUCGGAGAUGGGCAACACCACGCACGCGAAAACGCAAUGCAGUUGCCACCACCGUAUGAAGUAGUUAUUGAAAAUUCAAAAACGCAGGACAAACCGCCAUCAUACGAUGACGUCAUAAAAGAUGACAGCAGUACCGCAUUAAAAAACAACGAAACAUCGUACAGAUGAAAUUAAAAUUCUGAUUUUAAUUCACUGUGGAAUAUACGUGGUGGUAGACAUAGGUGUGUGACAUUGCUGUUAUUAUAUGUUAUGGUGUUUUGAUAUGUAAGUGUUACUAAACAUUGAAACUGUGUUAUGGCGAAACCCUGAUGUUAUAUGUUAUACAGUUACUUUAAUCGAGUUACAGUGUAACACUGUUGGUAUUUCUUGUGACAUUAAUACUGAAUUAUGGCUAAACACUUUUGUUACGUGUGUGAUUACGUCAUAACACGUCGGUUACACUAUGGAAUUACUGAAUAAUGCUGUGUUAUGGUGGGGAAUGGGAAAUAGCCUGUCGAUAUUGCGAGUUACAUGUAACCCUGGUACUACGCAGUGGCGGAUCCAGAAAAUCCAGUUAAGGGGGCCCAUUGACAUGAGGCGGAAUGCCAAAGGGAUUUUGGGGGAGGUUUGGAUGGGGAUGAAAAUUAAUAUAUAAUAAAAUUUUAAUUCGUAAAAUUUAGGGGGGCCCGGGCCCCUGCCCCCACCCCUAGAUCCGCCUCGGCUACGUAAUGGAGUUACGGACUUACAGUUUGUUACCAAGGUGUUAUCGACAGAGUGUUUGCGAAUUAUUUUAUGGAUAAUGAUUGUGCACAAAGUGUAGUAGUGUAUAUAUCAGAAAUCGUUCUUGUUGGUUCAAAAUUUAUGUAAAUUAUACGUAAAAUUUGAUAGGACAUUUUAAAGAUGACGAAUAUGCUCCACCUUCAGUUAUCAUCCUGCAAAGCAUUGCGAUAAAACAGACGCCAAUGAAGUCAUCCAUGCUUUAGAUUUUAUUAGUAUUGUGUUAUAACUGAAUAUAUCUGUUAUUUACUAAAUGUAAUACUGUAAUACUGUUAGAGAGUAGAUGUACUAAAGAAAUGUGUUUAUGAUGUAAUGAUAUAUACAUGUGUAUAUAGUUAUACAGAGAUACAUAUUUGGACAAAUGUUAUAUAUGCUGCUACCUUAGGUCUGUUCCAGAAGUGGCGACGUUGAGAGGGUGGUGGUGGUUCAAGUGGGGAAUUAGUUCUUUUGCAGGAUUUUUUUUUUUUUCAAUUUGUAAAUAAAGCUAAUUUAUUUAAUUCAAUUACUUUGUUUGGUUACUGGAAAAUCCUGCUUCCAUCCUCUUUAUCUCACCAUUUCUGGAUCUACAUUUGUUUAUUUAUUUGUUUAUUUAUUUAAAAUUAUUAUUAUUAUUAUUAUUAUUAUUAUUAUUAUUAUAUUAUGAUAUUAUACACUAAUACAAAUCAUAAAAGUGUUCCAGUGAAUAAAUAACAGAAGAACUAUAUUACUUUAUCAUGGAAAAUAGAGAAAAUUAAAAUAAACUGAUAUGAAAAUAAACAAUAAGUAUGUAAACUUUGUAAGUUUUCCAUAAAAUAUUCUUAAUAAUAAAUAAUUAAUGCUUA